AUAUUUCAGAGAGCGAGUGAAACAAAGACAGAUAGAGAGAGAGACACACACACAAAUACAUUCAAAAAAACAAAUAAAUUAAAAAAAACCAAAGAGACAAUAGCGAAGAACCAUUUCGCAUCUCUGUGAUUUUCACUGUCCGAUCUCUCUUUCUCUCUCUUUACUUUCUCGUCGCGGAUCCAAAAAUGUCCGGUCGCCACGAGAAAGAGAAAGGCGUUAACGUUCAGGUCCUUCUUCGUUGCAGGCCGUUUAGCGACGAAGAGUUACGGAGUAAUGCGCCGCAGGUUGUUAGUUGCAAUGAGUACAGUAGGGAAGUGUCCGUGUCUCAAAGCAUUGCCGGCAAACAUAUCGAUAGGAUUUUCACUUUCGAUAAGGUUUUUGGUCCCUCAGCUCAGCAAAGAGAUCUUUAUGAUCAAGCAGUGAUUCCAAUAGUACAUGAAGUUUUAGAAGGCUUCAAUUGUACCAUAUUUGCAUACGGUCAAACUGGUACUGGGAAAACAUACACGAUGGAAGGUGAAUGCAAGAGGUCAAAGAGUGGACCGAAAGGAGAAUUGCCUCCAGAAGCUGGAGUUAUACCUAGGGCUGUUAAGCAGAUAUUUGAUACUCUUGAGGGCCAGAAUGCAGAAUACAGUGUAAAAGUUACUUUCUUGGAACUGUACAAUGAGGAGAUCACUGAUUUGCUUGCCCCUGAGGAACUUUCAAGAGUUGUUUUGGAGGAAAAGCAAAAAAAGCAGUUGCCUCUGAUGGAGGAUGGGAAAGGUGGAGUUCUUGUAAGAGGUUUGGAGGAGGAAAUUGUGACUAGUGCGAGUGAGAUUUUCACUCUUCUAGAAAGAGGGUCUGCCAAACGUCGCACUGCAGAAACAUUACUAAACAAGCAGUCAAGUCGGUCACAUUCUCUGUUUUCAAUCACUAUACACAUCAAGGAAGCAACACCGGAAGGUGAAGAACUAAUUAAAUGUGGCAAGCUGAACUUGGUUGAUUUAGCAGGGUCGGAAAAUAUAUCUCGUUCUGGUGCUCGGGAGGGUCGUGCUAGAGAAGCUGGAGAAAUCAACAAAAGUUUACUGACUUUGGGAAGAGUCAUUAAUGCUCUAGUAGAGCAUCUUGGCCAUAUCCCAUACAGGGAUAGCAAGCUUACACGUUUACUUCGUGAUUCAUUGGGAGGAAGAACCAAGACGUGCAUUAUAGCCACAGUUUCACCUGCUGUCCAUUGUCUGGAGGAAACAUUAAGUACACUGGAUUAUGCACAUAGGGCAAAAAAUAUUAAAAACAAGCCUGAGAUUAACCAAAAGAUGAUGAAGUCAACUUUAAUCAAGGAUCUUUAUGGUGAAAUUGAACGCCUGAAGGCAGAGGUCUAUGCAACCCGUGAAAAAAAUGGUGUCUAUAUUCCAAAGGACCGAUACUAUCAGGAGGAGAGUGAAAAGAAGGCUAUGGCAGAUCAGAUUGAACAAAUGGGGAUUAUGCUAGAAACCCAUCAAAAGCAUCUUGAGGACUUGCAAGAUAAAUAUAAUGUCCAAAUUCGGCAAUGCUCUGAUUUGAGUAAUAAACUGGAUGCCACUGAGAAAACCUUGAAUCAAACCAGCACAUUGCUUGUCAACACUGAGGAAGAACUCAAGAAAUGUCGGUAUACUCUGAGGGAGAAGGAUUUUAUUAUCUCUGAACAGAGAAAAGCAGAAAAUGCACUGGCUCAUCAAGCUUGUGUCUUAAGAUCUGACUUGGAGAAAGCUAUUGAGGAUAAUGCUUCAUUGUUUUCAAAAAUUGGAAGAGAAGACAGACUGAAUGCUGAUAACAGAUUGGUGGUGACCAAUUUCCAAGCUGAGCUUGCCCAAAAAAUUGGUUCUCUUUGCAACUUGGUGGCAACUUCAAUGUCUAAGCAGCAAGAACACCUUCAUUGUGUUGAGAAGCUUUGUCAGUCUUUUACAGGAACACAUGAUAAGGGUUUUAUGGAUGUCAGGAAGAAAGUGACAGGUUUAAGGACUUUGUAUAUAUCUCAUAUUGAGGCAUUGCAAAAUGUUGUGCGUUUGCACAAGGCAAGCUCUAAUGCUGGACUAGAGGAAAUUUCAUCUCUGACUGCUUCUAAUGCACAUUCUAUUGAACAAUUUCUAGCAUCAGAGUCUGGUAAAGCAGAUUCGAUAUUCAAUGAUGUUCAGAGUACUCUAUCAAAUAACCAGGGAGAAUUGGCACUUUUUGCUAGGGAACUGCGGCAGAGAUUUAAUGUUAGUAUUGAGCAAACAAUGGAAAUUUCUAAUUACACUCAAGGAGUUCUGCAAAAACUUGUGGAAGAAUCAACAAGGCUUGAAAAUUAUGCACUAGAAGCUGAUGAAGUUCAAAUGAAGAGCAUUGCUGAGUUUCAGAAGGCUUAUGAGGAGCAGUCAAAAUCUGAUGCAGAGAAGCUUAUAGCUGAUGUAACCAAUUUAGUCUCUGAUCACAUUCGUCGUCAGAAAGAUCUGGUCGACACAAGACUGGUUGAUCUUAGAGAAAGUGCUAUGGCAAACAAGGCAUUCUUGGAUGGACAUGUUUCAUCGAUGGAAGGCAUUACAACAGAUGCAAAAAGGAAAUGGCAGGCAUUUUCUACACAAGCGGAAAGUGAUGCCAAAGAUAGUGCUGAUUACUCUGCUGCAAAACAUUGCCAUAUGGAGGAACUCAUUCAGCAAUGUGUAAAUACUGCUGAAUCGGCUUUCAAGCACUUAAAAAGGACACACGAGUCUGUGAAUAAGAUGGGCAAUGAACAUGUUUCAACUAUGGAGUCAAUUAUCAGGAAUGCUUCCAAUAGCAAUGAGCAGCAUGAUGUUGAGAUUAGUUCUGCACGGGUUGCAGCUGAGCAAGAUGUGUCAAAGAAUAGCGAGGAUCUUCUUCAGCAUCUCAAUAGUGUAUCUGAGCAGGAGCAAGGAUCUAUAUCUGGAAUCUUUGAGAUUGUGAAAGCCCACACAAAUAGCCUUCAAAGUUUUAGGGAGGAUCACUCUGGCCAAGCGGUAUCUAUUGAAGAGAAGGCUCGGGAGACUUUCCAGCAGCAAUAUAUGGACUAUGAGCCUAGUGGCACAACACCAAUAAGAAGUGAGUCAGAUGUUCCCAGCAAGGUAACCAUUGAGUCACUUCGAGCCAUGCCAAUGGAAACCCUUCUUGAGGAAUUCAGGGAAAACCAUUCAUAUGACUCAUUUGAUGUGAAGGAAUUGAAACCUUCGCUUAUACCACGCUCACCCCUUACCCAACUGAAUUAAAAAUGCAGUUUUAGCUUAUUUGUAUGCGUUAUGGAAUGAAAUAUGUAUUUGUAUUAUUCUUGUACACAUUGUUGUCGUACGAAUAUGAUAAUUGUAAGAAUGCAGCAAUCAGCAGAGGGUGGUAGGAGGGUGUAAUGGCCAAGUCCGGUAAAGAGUAAGAGUAAAUCCUAUCUUGGGAUUUAGCAACUUGUAGCUCAAAAAAAAAGGAAUGUAUAUUGAUGCAAUGAUCGGUACAUGAUUAGAAUUUAUUCCCAAGGUACCGUACUGCUCAGCAAUUUGCUGUGUAAUGUAAGACCAUUUUUGUUUACUUGAUAGUGAAAAUUGAAUAUUUGUUAUCCA